GGAUAAUGCAAAACGAAUACAAGAUGGUAGUUUCAACGAAUGACUAAACAUGAAAACGAUCGGCGAAGCACUGAAACCAAUUUUUUUUACCGCAGCGAACAAUGAACUGUACGUGAUUGGCCAGUUUUGAAAUAUAGUGUUAGCCGCAGAAAAAAAAAAAAGGGCUGCAGUUGUUGAAAGAAUUCAUUCAUGAUCGUGCAUGACCUUCCAGCAGGAAGCCUUGAUAUUCAAUGCCUAACCAUACCGGAAUAUAUCGGUGAAAAUUGGUGUCAGUACCAGGUCCACUCUGUCAUAGAGUUUGUCAGCGAGGAAUUCAGGUCGAGCAUUUUACUGCUGGAUUCCUUAGUCAAAGCUGAACGCAUUCGAGCUUCCUGUUGCCACAUUGAGGGCCACACAUUACGCAUUCGAGUGUUUUUGUUGAACAAGACAACUCUGAUGCCACAUGCUCCAAUGCUCCAUGCGCAGAACCUCAUUCAACUUGUGGAUAAGCUGGAUCUCUGUCCUGAAAAGUUUAACGGAGCUAGCUUCAAGUCAGAUGCAGUUCUCCGCCAACCGACUUUGUGCAACAUGACACCGAAGGAUUUACUGGAUAUUUUCAUACAUAUGCCGUCGCCAUCAACAAAUUAUGACACGUUGCAAGUAGCAGACCCUGAUGUUUUGGACCUUUUAAACAUUGUUCUCGAGCAGGACUCGCCUCCUGGAAUGAAGACAACUUUGUACCCAUACCAGAAGAGAUCGUUGUGGAAAAUAUUGCAGCGAGAACUUGCUCCUCAGCCAAUCAGCGGAUUGACUUCUGCUAAAUGCCAAGCAGUGGAUGGUCGUCCUUACUACAUCAAUCUGCUGACGUGCCAAAUUCAAACACAACCUGAUAAGCACAGAGAUGUACGAGGAGGAAUCAUUUGCGAAGAUAUGGGUACUGGGAAAACGUGCAUUUGUCUAUCCACUAUUCUGCAAUCCAAGCAUAUGAAAAUACCAAGUGAUGGCAAAGGAGUGAAAUGCGACAUCAAUGGCAAAGAAGGUGUUCCCAGCCUAACAAAUCUUGCCAUCGCACAGAUUUUGCGCGAUGGUACUUGGAAAUUAUGUCAACCUUACCUACCAGAUCAUAUCCUUAAAUUGAUGCGAGACAAUCCUGCAUACUAUGAUAGAGUCGAGUAUCCUAUGUCAGUCUUGGUAGAUCGACCUCGUCGAGUCAAUAUUCCUCAAAGAACUCUGAAAGUUUAUAUGGCUUCUGCUACACUGGUUGUAGUCCCAGAUAAUUUGAUAGCGCAGUGGACUGGAGAGGUUUAUAAACACAUUCAAGAUGGCGAGUUGGACUUUUUAGUACUUGAUAACAAAAAACAGCCGAUACCACCUGCCACACAGCUUCUGAAUUACGAUAUGGUCGUAAUCAGCCAUUCUCGAUUUGGACUGGAAAGUGAUUCUGGAGGAUUGGAGAUCGUUGGUAUAUCACGAAAAUGUGAUUGUCCUUACAUUGGGGCUACACGUAAACGAGAUUGUAGUUGUCGGACGAUAGAUGAUCCGUCUAAACGAUAUAUAUCACCACUGCUUCAAGUGCAUUGGAAACGGCUGAUAGUUGACGAAGGUCAUUCUUUGGCUGACAGUAAUCGCUCAUCUCAACUGUCUGCAAAACUCUUUGUCACUUGGAAGUGGGUAUGUACUGGUACACCAACGCAGAACUUGACAGAGUCUCCGGUUGCAUUGACCCGUAAGCAAGCUCAAGCGGAUGAUCUGAAAAGGCUGGGAAUCCUGGUGUCCAACGUAUUGAACAUGGAGCCAUUUGCUUCCAAAAAGAGAUCCUGGAACACAAUUCUUUUGAACCCUUUCAUGCAUAGUAAUCCACGGGCUUCUAUCGCUGUUGCAAAGCUCAUGCACCGGGUUAUGAUUAGAAAUCGGCGAGAGGACAUAUCGAAGGAUGUAACUCUCCCAGAACUGAACAAAAAGCUUGUCUUUUUAGAUUUUGAUUACUACCAAUGGAUGGCACAUAAUUGUCAAGUGGCAAUGGUAGCUCUAAAUGCUAUUUUAUCGAGGCGGGAAGGACAGGACUACCUGUUUUCAAGAGGAAAUCAAAAAGCGUUAAGAGAAACUAUUCACAACUUGUGGCAAAGCUGCCUUUGGCAUUCGAUCGAUCCACAAUGGCUGCAACCGGCUUAUGAUAACUGCGUAGAGAAGAUUGAUGAUAUCGACAAAGGAGUUACAACGUAUGGUGAAGAGGACAACAAAGCGCUCAAGGAGAUACGAGAUGUGUUAUUACGAGCUUUGAAUGACAAGCUGUUUUUGGCCAUGAUGACAACGCAUUCUCCAUCCUAUUUGAUAUCGAAUUUACCGGAUAUCCCAAAGCGUAAAUGGGGCUGGUUGAACGGUCAUCCAGGUAUAUACGUUGAAAAUGGAGUACCGGCUCGCCACGCUAUUGUCAGUGGCGAAACAGUUACGGAUAUCACAGCAGAAGUGAUCAAUAGCCAUCAAGCCACAGAUAAUCUAUGGGUAUACGAUGAGACCGAAGAUAGUCUUGAAACGAUGGCACAGCACAAUCGCAAACGAAAAUUACCACACGUGUCCGGGGGGAAUGAAGUCGAAGUGCAAGAGCCGGUCCCACGGCCACUCGCGUUCAUUGGAAAAUCAGACUUGUACAAUGCGAACGUGUACAGUACAACAAGCAGCAAAAUCAAUUAUCUUGUGAAUCAGGUCAAACAAUUUCACGAAACGGAAAAAUGCAUUAUCUUCUCCCAACAUUGGAAUGAAAUACAAGAAAUAUAUACAGCUCUACGACUUGUUAGAGUUCGUUCCAUGAUGUAUCUAGACAGCAAAAUGAGUAACACUGAAAGAUCGCAAACAAUCCUUACCUUCAACACAUCAGACAAAGUCAAUGUCAUUAUCAUGUCAGUGCAGGUCGCUGCUUAUGGUAUUGACUUAUCUUCGGCAUCCCGUGUGUAUUUCGUCAGUCCAGUGUGGCAAACGGCCAUGGAGCAGCAAGCAAUCAAACGUGCCCACCGCAUUGGCCAAACCAAGCCUGUAUACGUCGAAACUAUAGUCAUUCGUUCUUCGAUUGAAGAAAACAUGCUAAAGAGACGAGCCAUGUUAGCCAUUAAAGCUGAGAAGCAGCACAACGGAAAAGCUGCUUCUAGCAAAGAGUUUUAUAAUGAUAGGAAGAUGCAGGAAAUUUUAAAUCACGCCUCAUUUGUUCCUCUUCCUCGAACAGCAUGUGAGACUCGUGUAGGAGAAGACUUGAUCGUCCAACAAGACAUUGAUCCAUUCUACGAAACUGUUGCUCUAGUAAAGCCGGACGAUAAAGUCGAACAAGUAGCUACUGGCUUGAAUCCUCCACCAUCGGUUACCAUUGAAGAUCCACCUUUGCCAUCUACUACUUUGCAUCAAGAGGAACCGCACCGUGCAAAACGGCCAAAGGUGUCCUUUCAACUCACAUAAUAUAAUAGUACUUACGUAAAUUAUAAUACACUUGCCAUUUCUUGAAUUUUUUAUUCUUUCUCAGAUGAUUUUUUUUGGUUAUUUAAGAUCUUUAAUGGGGGUAAAAAGAUUACAUGGAAUUAUGAUAAUCCUCAAGCAAUAUUGGCGAGGUAAUCCUUGACUUCGCUAGGUGACAGCUUUCGGAACAAUGGGAACUCUUCUCUGUCUUUACCAGCUACACCAAUAGUGCUUGUACCAAUAAUACCUAUUUCUAGACUAGUUUCCGUAAUUUGUCCUUCAAACCCUUCUUUCAGCUAUAGAUGACAAUCGACAUGUCAGCACGAUUGGCAGCAAUGGUAUCAAAACGUUUCAUGUGCUUACCGUAAG